UAGAGACAGAAAUGAAGCGACCCAGAACAACUUCAAACCCCGCCUCAAACCCUGUCAAUCAUCCCCCCUCCCUCUCUUGAUUGGUCAGUGCCCUGCAAAGGCUUUGGAUGAAACGUGCUUAUUUUAAUAUUGAUUGGCAUGAGAAAGAAUCCAUCUUUGUCCAGUGAUUGGCUGACCUGUCCAGGCUCCGGCCAAUCCUGAAAGGGGAGGGCUGGUUGAGUGUCAGGUUUCCCCCAGCAGUUUUCUUUGGAAGUACUGGUCAAGCUAGUGACUGGCCCUUUUCACUUCUCCGGCCCUGAAACCGUAGCUGAUGGAGCUUUCUUACCAGACGCUCAAAUUCACGCACCAGGCACGGGAAGCGUGUGAGAUGAGGACAGAAGCACGGCGAAAAAAUCUCCUUAUUUUGAUUUUGCAUUACUUAACACAAGAAGGAUACAUGGAUGCAGCCAAUGCUUUGGAGCAAGAAACUAAACUGGGGUUACGACGCUUUGAAGUUUGUGACAACAUUGACCUUGAAACUAUUUUGAUGGAGUAUGAGAGCUACUAUUUUGUAAAAUUUCAGAAAUAUCCCAAAAUUGUCAAAAAGGCAUCAUCAGACACAGUGGAAAAUAAUUUACCACAGAGAAGUGGAGGGAAGACCAGAAGAGUGAUGAGUGACAGCUGUCAAAAUCUUCCCAAGAUCAGUCAGCAGAGGCCACGGUCCAGAACCACAGCGGGGAAAUCAGGGGAUGCCAAAUCCCUCCGUAAGGAGCAUCCUAAACAGGAGGCUGUCAAUAAUUCCCACGCGGAGAGUGCUGACUUUGGCUUGAGCAUAUCAGGAAUCAACAAAGGCAGUGGAGAAGAAAACGUCCGCCCACAAAAAGGCCAAAUCGUUGACUUCCGAGGCCUGCUCACAGAUGCCAUCAAAGGAGCAACCAGUGAACUUGGCUUGAACAGCUUUGACUGUAACCCAGACCCCUCAGAACGAUUGUUGAAACCUCUGAGUGCAUUUAUUGGCAUGAAUAGUGAGAUGCGAGAGUUGGCAGCCGUGGUGAGCCGGGACAUUUAUCUCCAUAAUCCUAACAUAAAGUGGAAUGACAUUAUUGGACUCGAUGCAGCCAAGCAGUUAGUCAAGGAAGCUGUUGUGUACCCUAUCAGGUAUCCGCAGCUGUUUACGGGAAUCCUUUCCCCCUGGAAAGGUCUACUGCUGUAUGGUCCUCCAGGCACAGGAAAGACCUUACUGGCUAAAGCUGUGGCCACGGAGUGUAAAACCACCUUCUUUAACAUUUCUGCAUCUACCAUUGUCAGCAAAUGGAGAGGGGAUUCAGAAAAACUUGUUCGGGUGUUAUUUGAACUUGCCCGCUAUCACGCCCCCUCCACCAUCUUCCUGGACGAGCUGGAGUCAGUGAUGAGUCAGAGAGGCACUGCUCCUGGCAGUGAACAUGAAGGAAGCCUUCGGAUGAAGACAGAGUUACUGGUGCAAAUGGAUGGGCUGGCUCGCUCAGAAGAUCUCGUGUUUGUCUUAGCAGCCUCUAACCUGCCAUGGGAGCUGGACUGUGCCAUGCUACGCCGCCUGGAGAAGAGGAUACUGGUUGAUCUCCCCAGCCGGGAGGCCAGGCAGGCCAUGAUCCACCACUGGCUGCCCCCUGUGAGCAAAAGCAGAGCCCUGGAGCUGCGCACGGAGCUGGAUUACAGUGUGCUGAGCCGGGAGACGGAGGGCUACUCGGGCUCAGACAUUAAGCUCGUCUGCAGGGAAGCAGCCAUGCGGACUGUGAGGAAGAUCUUCAGUGCCCUUGAAAAGCACCAGUCAGAGAGCAGCAAUUUACCUGGAAUCCAGCUGGAUACAGUGACCACUGCUGACUUCUUAGAUGUGCUAGCUCACACCAAGCCUUCAGCAAAGAAUCUGACUCAGAGAUACUCCGCCUGGCAAAGUCAGUUCGAGUCUGUAUGAAAUCACACCGACCCUGACCGGGCCACAGAGACCACCAUGGAGGCCUUCCCAUUUAUUAGUGUAAGCGGGAGACGAACAUGAUGGUUGGGAGAGAAAAAAUUAUACUUGAAGACUGAGUUCGUUUGAACAACUGGGCUGUUUUGGAGAUGAGAGAUACUUUUGUUAACCUUUCCUGCCCGAUGCCAGCAGAACACGGAAGAUGUCAGUUACAGGCGGAAGAUGUCAGUUACAGGCGUACGGGCUGUACGCAAUUGCUGUCGCGCAAUGCAGACUUCUCCCCUCCCACUGAGACUCCCUACACUUUGAUGAACUAUUUCUUACGGUGUUCUGUGUUUGUGAAUUGGUGUUUUCAUUCUGAAGAAAAAGAUGUAGUGUUGGAAGCUGUGCUGGAAUGCAAUGUGCCUCCAAGUUGAGGGGUGGCGGGAGGCCCGUUGGAAGCAAAGCGUGACAGACCAUCGGGCCAGUUGAUGGGCUUGAGGGGGGUUAAGAAGGGGUGCGGGAAGGACACAUGGUGUUUUUUUCUGACGACAUCCUGAGUGUCAUCAGCUCUCCCUAACUCUGACCCCAGCCAGUUUUCUCAGCAACAAAGCCCCAGCAGACUAGCCCCCCCCCCACCAGAGGUCGCUGCUUUACCUCGGGGGAGGGGCUUCAGGAGCCUCAAGCCACCAGCUCCCAGUCCCAGCGUUCCUAACAUCUUCCCACUCUUCACAGCACGUGUGCUCUGCCCUCUCCUGAUGGCCACAGCUCCUCGGUGGAUCCAAAGCUUAGGGAAGGGAAGCCCCAGGGCAGUCAUCCUGGGGCUCCCCUGCAUCUCCUUAUGGGUUUGUUAACGGAAGCAGUUCCCUCAGAAACUCAUGAUCUGGGCCACCUACUUUAAACCCUUGAAAAAUGCCGCUAAGUGAUGCCACCACCCCUCUCCCCCGCUAGAACUUACCUGUGGUUGUCCCCUCCUUCUUCCCUUCCUCACCUCAUUUUCUUCAUCCCUCUGCAAGGCACACUCCUCCCCUGAAGAAAAACUUGCAGGAAAAGGGGGUGUUUUGGAUAGCUAAACAUUCCAAAGGACUUUAUCCUAAUUUUAAACAAAAACAAAGCAUUUAGGGGGUAUUGAUUAUUUUGAGAAUAUUCUUAAAUGCCUUUUAAAAUGCCAUUUCAUGGGUAAUGUAGUCAAAGUGAAAAUACACCAUAUAUAACAAAUUAAAAAUAAAAAAGACAUUUCAUCUUAGUAUAUGCUCAACUUAAACUUCUUCACGAUCAUGAAAGUCUUAUAAUAUCCAACACUAGCACUACCCUAGAUGUAGACAUCUCUAAAUGGUCUCAGACAUCUGCUUCCCAUGUUUUGGGAUCAUUUUUUCUUUCCUUCCUCCCUCCCUCCCUUUGUUUUCUUC